AUGCGUCUAUCUGCUGUGCCCAUCAUCGCAGCGCUCUUCGUGGCGCUGCCUUACGUCGUGGCCUCCGCACCAGAAGUCACUCACAAGGUCUACUUUGACAUGACACACGACGGCAAGGACAUUGGUCGCAUUGUGCUGGGCUUAUACGGUAAAGUCGUGCCCAAGACCACCGAGAACUUCCGCGCCCUGGCCACCGGUGAGAAGGGCUUCGGAUACCAAGGCAGCAGCUUCCACAGAGUCAUCAAAGAUUUCAUGAUCCAAGGUGGUGACUUCACCUCGGGCGAUGGACGGGGAGGCAAGAGCAUCUACGGCGAUCGCUUUGCAGAUGAGAACUUUGACCUCAAGCACGAAGGACCUGGCACCCUCAGCAUGGCCAACGCCGGCCGGGACACGAACGGAAGCCAAUUCUUCAUUUGCACGGUCAAGACCUCUUGGUUGGACGGGCGCCAUGUCGUGUUCGGACGUGUCAUUGAAGGCAUGGACGUUGUUGAGCUCAUUGAGAAGGUUCCCAAGUCUCCUGGAGAUCGACCCAAGACCCCCGUCACGAUCGCCAAGUCUGGAGAGCUCAAGGAAGCUGCACAUGAGGUGAAGGACGAGCUUUGA